AUGAACAAUCCCGAAACUGCCGAGUUCCUGUGUGGCCUCGACGACAUGGACGUCACUCUCGAUCCACCACCCGAGCCACCUCUCCACCUGCUCCGCCAGACCUGGGUGAUCGAUAAGAAGCUCUCUGAACAAUUUAAAUCGAUGAUGCAGCAAGACGUUACCGAUGGCCUUGGACUUCCGCUCGCAGCUGCUAAGUUUCUCUGCCAUCCUAAGGGAAAUCCUAACAAGAAGGCUUUUAUGCAGAUUUAUCUUCAAAUUCCAGUCAUUGGCACUCAAUACCAGAGCCCUCAGAUUCGACAAAAGCAGGCUGCUAAGCCACAACAGCACGUUGAGUUAACGACCUUAAAGGAGCUCAAGAAAUAUGAAUGUGAUGUUAUCCCUGACCUCCUUGCUUACCAAGAGAGAGAGAGCAAGGAGAAGAUAGUAUCGUUCUGGGAGGGUAUAUCACCUAGUUGGUCUGGAAUAAAGUCCCCGGGGAGCCUCUAA